AUGAAGUUCUGCCGCCUGCUGCGCAGCACAGCGCAGCACCUGCCCGAGGUGCGGGAGCUGUCGGAACAGUACAAGCGGCAGAAGAAGCAGAUCCGGCGGAUGGCGGGCGUGCUGAGCGACGGCAACUUCGCGGGCUGGAACGCCUUCGAGGCGCAGUUUGCCGCGGCGCUGGGCGGUCACCUGGCGCGCCUCAACGAGACAUUCGUGGAGCGCGAGGAGCAGGUCGUGAUGCGGCUGGAGGCGCUGGAGAGCGAGGCGCGGGGCAUAGCCACGGCGGAGGGCUGCACGCUGCUUAUACGCCGCUGCGUGGACUUCCACGGGGAGCUGGUGCUGUUCAUGCACUGGAGCAUGCUGGCCUACACGGCGAUGGCCAAGAUCCUGAAGAAGCACCUUAAGAAGACUGGGGGCACGGUGCCGUCCGUGCCGAUCGAGGCGCUUGUCGAGGAGCCGUUCUUCUCGCCGGAGGUGUGCUGUUCUUGGAUACAUCGGACAGAGAAUGCCAUCAGCCAUCUGCAGCAGCUGCAGGCACAGCUGGCAGCAGCUGACAGCAGUCACCAUGAGGCAGGAGAGCCUUCCAUGGGCCAGCGAGAUGGGCAGCGUCCCUGUGAGGGAGACGAAGUGUUGGCACAAGUGCAUUUGAACAUUGAAGAGAUUGGUGGUCAGGGGGGGGUGGCACCCGCUGCAGUUAUUGAACAAACUCAGGUCGCACUGGCAACUUGGGAGCGCCUGAAGUCUUCUGCCGCCACGCCUUCCACAGUUCUGCACUCUGGCACUCAUCAGGCCGCGUCAUAUUCGUCAAGCAUCAGCCAAAAUGAGAUCGAUGACUCGUAA